AUGAUCCUAAUAUCAGGAGUUGCCAUUGAUGUUCUGUUGUUAGUGUUGCUGGUGUUGGUUUUCUCUUCUAGUUUCCAUAUCUCAGUCUCUGGUUCUUCGUUUAGUUUAACUUAUACAGAACAAGUACAAGUUAAUGAAGAAAUGGAAGCUCUUCUGCAGUGGAAAUCAACCUUUAUUAACCAAACUUCACUUGUCCUUCCAUCAUGGAACAGAAAUUAUACCGAUGGUACACUAAAUCCAUGCACAUGGUAUGGAAUCACUUGUAACAACAAGGGAAGCGUCACGGAAUUGAAUCUUCUAGGUUUGGGUUUACAAGGUGCACUUCAUGAUUUAAAUUUUGCAUCUUUCUCCAAUUUGGUUAGUCUUGACUUCAGCGAAAACAAACUCUCCGGGUUCAUUCCUUCUCAAAUUGGUAAUCUUUCAAAACUCACAGAUCUUACUCUUUCCAAUAAUCUAAUCAGUGGAUUUAUCCCUCAAGAAAUUGGCAAUUUGCAUUCUCUCACUAAUCUGUGGUUGUCUGUGAACCAACUCAAUGGUUCUAUUCCUUCUUCUAUAUGCAACCUGACCAACUUGAUCAACAUAUCGGUCCGGGCUAAUAAUCUUUCUGGCAUCAUUCCUCGAGAAAUCGGAAAUUUAAGGUCCCUUAGUGCUUUGAUUUUAUCCUCCAAUACUUUCACUGGUUCUAUCCCUUCUUCUUUAACUAACUUGACUUCCUUGCGUCUUCUUCUUGCUCAUGAAAAUCAUCUCAGUGGUUCAAUCCCUCAUGAUAUAGGAAAUUUAAGGUCUCUUUAUCAAUUAUCUUUGUAUAUGAAUAAGCUAACUGGUUCAAUUCCUAAUUCUGUGGGAAAUUUGAGAAAUGUAGCUCAAUUUUCUCUUUCUGACAAUCAACUAUCUGGGUCAAUACCAAGAGAAUUCGGCAAUCUACACUUGUUGGCGCUACUAUCUUUGGAUAGUAACUCUCUUUCAGGAAGUAUACCUUCUAAUAUAGGGUACUGCAUCGCGCUUACAUAUCUAAACCUAGGCAAUAACAAUCUCUCUGGAGAUAUUCCAAAUGAGCUUGCAAAUGCAGAAUUACUGGAAUAUUUGCAACUAAAUGAUAACAACCUCAGUGGUACCCUUUCUAGUUCAUUCGGUAAACUUCAGCAUUUGAAAGUUCUGAAUUUAGCGGACAACUAUGUUGAAGGCAAUAUACCUUCUGAGUAUGGUUCACUUCAUGACCUUCAGAUCUUUUCUUUAAGGUCAAACAAGUUCAAUGGGUCCAUUCCUGAAGAGAUUACUCAUUUGCAUGAACUCCGCAUUCUGGACUUGUCGCAAAACAAUCUCACUGGCCUACUUCCUAAGAAUGUCGGCAACCUGAAGAAGCUAUUAAGUAGACUUGAUGACAUAUCUACGAUUACCUAUUAUGCCUCCGAGAAUGUGAAGUUGAAUAUGGUGAUCAAAGGGAUCAGUGCUCCGCUUCCGAUAUUCUUAAGUUAUACCUCAGCGAUUGAUCUGUCGAGCAACAAUAUUGAGGGAAACAUUCCAAAAGAAAUAGGGUUAUUGAAAGGGCUUUAUAUGCUUAAUUUGUCCCACAAUCAUUUCUCGGGUGAUAUCCCUGCGAAUGUUGGAGAUAUGUCUGGUUUAGAGUCUUUGGAUUUAAGUUGGAAUAGAUUGUCUGGAAAUAUCCCACAGUCUUUGACAUCAAUGGAUUCUCUUGGUUUCAUGAAUUUAUCUUACAACAAGUUUAGUGGAAAGAUUCCAGGAGGAACUCACUUUGAGACUUUGAGUUGGGAUGGUUCAGUUUUCAUUGGGAACGAUUUACUAUGCGGCACACCAACUAAGAACGUUUGCGAGGAUCAACGGGAUAUUAAUCCUGCAAAUGAAAAUGAAGAAUAUGGCCAAGAGGAUGCAAAUGAGAGAUUUCUGUUUUACGGUGUUAUCGCCAUAGGAUUUGUGGUUGGAUUUUGGGGUUUGUUCUUUGUUUUGCUUAUUAAAAAAGAAAAAUGGUGGUUUAGGUAUUGGGAAACUGUUGAUUCUAUUGCAGUUAGAAUUACACAUCAUACCAAAAAACAAUCAUAG